CUUACUAUGUUGGCUUACUCGCGCGUUCUCGCCAGUUGUAACGGAGCGCUCGCGGAGCGCACACCGUGGCGUAUCCAUCGGCGCGCGUUUCAAACUCAGACAGCUCGAGUCGCCUUCCGCUCGACUGCUCUUCUGCGAGGCUCGCAGCUCUGUCGCUCCUCCGGCCGGUCUCAGUGAUUCCUUGGAUACUCCUCCGAGGUCCUUUCGUGUUCUCGCGGGCCGAUCGCGCGGGGGACGUCUCGUUCACGAAAUGCGCGCCGGAAGUCCCCUCAAAGUCGCGGUGAGGUGGUGAGUCCGUUGGUGUGUUGUGGCCAUCGGGUGAAUCGAUCAAGCGACGGCUAAGCCUGCCAGGUGCCUCCUCGGUCUCAGACAGUGAACUUGGAUCCUUUCGAUGCCACUUGUGCGUUAACUUGACGCGAACAUGAUUCCCGCGCGCUGACGUGUGCGCUGUUGCGAUCACCGCGGGCUGCUCGACUGCGAAUCAGUAAAAAUAAGAACCAGGAGGAAUGUUGAAGCACGUGUCGGUCUCGCCGUGGAGAGGGCGGUCGGACAGCGUGAGUCUCUCCUCGAGCGGCGGUGCGAGUAGCUGCGGAAGCGGAAGUCCUACCCCCGGUCACACACCACCGCCCUCGAGAGCGUCCUCAUGCGCUUCCCUGGCACCCCUAACCGCCCUGUCGAGCUUCUCGCCGGCCGACACCGCACCCCAACAGACCACCAUCAAGGUCUACGCCAACUGCUUGCGGCCGGACAUCGAGUACAAGACCUUGUCCAUCACCUACGAGACGACCUGUCGCGAAGUGGUGCAAAAUCUUCUGAACAAAUACCGCAUGAGGCACCGCGACCCUCGAUUGUUUUACCUAACGAUGGAGGUGACCGUGAGAAGGGCCAAUGUGCGCACUAUCCUGCCGCUCGACGAGGACGCACGGCCGGCCGUCCUGCAAUCCUGCCACCCUCGCGGCGAUUCCAAGUUCUCGUUGCAGACGCGCCGCGGCGGACUCGUCAAAAUAUACGACAGCGCACUUAUGUCCGGGUCCAAGUACAAGAGCCUUCUGGUCUCGGAGCAGACCACCGUAGACGAGUUGAUCCAGAUGCUGCUGAGCUGCUACAGCUCCAAGGAGCCGGUGGAGCAGUUCUCUCUCUACGAGGUCUGCGAAGGCGAAGAGUACCAAAGGAAAUUGCACCCCGAUGACUCGCCGCUCAAGGUUACGCAACGGUGGACCAGUGUAGACCGGCACCUUCGUAUCAGACGCAAUCCAGAUUACAAUCCACACAGGCGGAAGAGCAUGUGGGCGUCGGAUUCGAGCAUCACCAUGGCGAUGUCGAGACUGGAUCUCCACGAUGGUCUCGCCGGCUACAACCCGAGGCUCGACAAUAACAAUCACCUGAGUCUGCAUCACCUCGCCGGCAAAGUCAGCGUCACCGCUAUAAGCAAGAACAACAAUAAUAACAAUAACAGUAGCAGCAGCAACAACAACAACAACAACAACAACAACAUCAUCAUCCAUCGAGAUCAGCAUCACCUGUCGCUAGGCUCCAUCAAUCAGGCGCCGCGAAUCGUCCUGCCCCACGCGGGCGAACACCCGCAGGUGCAAGUGCCGCGGGUGCAGCAACUGCCGCAGAGCGUCCCGUCGACGCCGCUCUCGUCGAAGCACGUGACUGUCUCCUCCUACGCCGACUACGAGAAUUAUCUCUUUAUAUAGGGACAGCCUCUCUCGGCCGAAGGUGGGAACGAAAUCGAUCGCGGAGGUUCACCUCGCGCAAGACGGUCAGAGUUACCAGAGACUCGUCGGCGAUGCAACGCGUGUUUUGCGAUUCGCACCGCGGAUCCUCCAGACGGAUGACAGAAAAGUCGGUCGGUUUGAUGCCGGUUUCAUGUAAUCCUCGCCUCGUUCGCGAUCGAGGAAACUCGACGAAACGCGCUUGUUAAGAUUUCCCCGAUUCUCACGUCGAAGAGGAACAAUGCUCGAUCGAAUAUGUCGAGAUAUUUGAUUAACAAUUCAACGAACGCGUGAAACGCGUAAAAUCUCGUCGUAUCCGUCGCAAUAGUGUGGUAUUUUAAAGGCAACUCGAUGAGUCGAGGCACGAUCCGCUGAAUGUAUUGAAACGCUCACUUGCCUCCUGCGUCUCGGCCGCAAUGCAGUGCCGAUAACACCGAACAAAGAGAAUUUACGAUAUUAGUUAGUAAUGAGGGAAAUUGUACCAAAGGUAGACGUACGUAAUAUAUAUAUAUAUUAUAUAUAUAUAUAUAUAUAUACACACACACACACACACACACACACAUAUAUAUACAUAUAUGAAGUAUACGCCGCAUUUUCGAUUACGCGGCGCUUGUAUGAAGCCUGAUUUAAAAUUUCUAUAAUUUUUUAUAAACUCGCCUUUUGUCUUCUCGUCUGAUGUAUAUCCGACGGAACGUCGGUCGCGCGGUAGAUCGACUUCGUCGAAAAAAUAAAUCGUCUUGUGCGUCUUCUACUAUAUAUAAACUGUCAAGUCCUAGGUAACUUCAACGGCGAAAAUAUAAGCGCAUAAUUCAAAAGUAAGACUCGCUCGAGCGGAGCGACUUAUCUAAAGUGUGUGCACAAUGUGGGGAAAGGAUGUAUUGUUAUUUAUUUAUGUAAAAGGUAAAGCGUCUAGUUAAGCUCGUAAA